AACAUGGCGGUCCCCAGCUGCUAGAUCAGAAUUAAACAAAUCGCCCUUUUUUCCUAGACUUAUUCAGAUUGAAAAAACAACCUAACUCAGUAGCUGUCACACCACUUCCCGCUUCGGUGUUCUGGCUCGUCAAGCCAACGACGAGCGGCUGUUGAAACUGUUAAAAACAUCACUUUCCACCGCGUCCACCGGCUCGGACCCCGAGGAGGAAACCAUCACCGUCUCAUCAUCGCAAAGUUCGAGCACUUCCAGCAGAAAGUGCUCGUAAGGAGCAAAGGACGGGAGCUGAAAGACACGUCGUACGGGAUGAACUACCAGUUUCUCAGGGAAAUCAACGAGAGGCGCAAAGUUUUAUACCCCUUCAUGAAAGAACACAGGCAGAAAGGAACAAAGCAAAGAUGAGGGUUUCAACCAGUCAGCUGCAGCAGCUCACCAUCUUUACCACAGUGCUGACCGGUGGAGGGGUUGGCACCAUGUACUAUCUACUUCAGAAAAAAAUUGCUGAGUCAGGCUACCAUAAACUGGCUUUGCAGGAGCUGGAAUCAUGUCCAUUUGCCAUGGAAAGUCUGGGGGCUCCACCUUUAAAAGUUCAUAACAUCCAUCUGACUGACAGAAACAACCGUAUAGCUCAACACACUGCACAGAUAAAGAUCCCUGUAACUGGGUCAAAAACUGGGGGCUAUUUGUAUACUACUUCAUUUAGAGACCCCGAUACCAACAGUUGGAAUCUGAAGCAGGCAGUUCUGAAGCUCAGGGAAGGACAGAUCAUUGACCUGCUGAAUCCUUCACCAGUCGCAUCACAAACCCAAGCAGCAGAGAAUAGACAGGGUGUAGAGACAGGGGACUGGCAUAAAUAAGUAGUCAUGCUCAAACAGGUCCUACAAUACAGACAUGUUCUUAAACCGACUCUUGUUUUGAUGUUGAGUCAUUGCUGUUUUAGUAAAUACCUCAUCUGAAGUUAUGACAUCUGUGAAAACUAUGAUGUGUCCAAGGUCUGGACAUGCGAGACAUUGCCAAUAAAAAUCACUUUGGUGUUGAACAUAAA